UGAUUUGUCUGAUGGCCAUUCUGAUUUCUUCCGUCGUUGGUGGAUUGACAUCUAUACGAAGAUCUCUGUGUGCUGCUUCGAUGUCCGGUGGAUUCAUUGGAGCCGGCCUAUUCAGGAGUUCCUCGAAGUAUUCUCCCCAUCUGUUACGCUGUUGUUGAAUUUCGGUGAUUGGCUUGCCUUCCUUGUUGUUGACCGGUCUUUCUGGUUUACUGUAUUUCCCUGCUAGUUUCUUCGUUGUAUCGUGAAGUUGUUUCAUAUUUCCUUCUCUAGCAGCUUUUUCUGCCGUCGUUGCUAGUUCUUCCACGUAUUUCUUCUUGUCGGCUCUAAUGCUUUUCUUCACUUGAUUGUUUGCUUCUAUUUAUUCAGAUUGUGCUUGGUCAGAGUCUAAGUAGUUAAAAUGACUUUUGUUAUUGACGCCUUUCUAGAGAAGUUCUUUUGGUACUAAGUGUGAUCGCUAACUGCACGACAAAGUGUCCUCGUUUACCCGGGUUCGAAAUCAGGGUUAACUAUAGAGCUGCUCUUGUUGGUGUUAAGAAAACUAUCAAAGUGUACAAAACAAAUUUGCUGUACUAGUGUGGUUAACAUCUAAGUUUGAUUAUGGUAUGUAGUAUAUUUUAGCAAGGGUGAAAUAUGUCAGUUUAUGUUACCAUUCCAUAUCCGACCGAAAAUCUGGAUGUAUUAUUUUGUCGGCUUGAAAAUUGUUAUGGAGUAUCUGCAGCAUUAUCUCAAGAUAAACUUAAAAUAUGCGGAACUGCAGAUAAACUGAAUGCAGCUCAAGAUUACGCACUGCGUUUUAUUAGUCCAGAAUCGGUUUCAAUUAGUACGAUUACUUCAAUGGAUUGUUUGGAAUUAUUCAGUAAUCCAACAAUAAUUUAUCAUUUUGAACUGACGUACAAUAUUGUCAUAAUUAUUAAAAAAUCUAAUGUAUUGAUCAUUAAAGGAUGUGCACUUGGAAUCAGACGUUUUUCACGAAUUUUACAUUUAUUAGAGUCAUUUUUAAAAGUCAAAUGUGCUCAUUUAAGCGAUUUAAAAGUCUCAAUUUUGAAGACAUUAUGUGAGAAGUAUUCCGUGAACUAUAAUGGUUUACAGUGCACUGACGCAAUGAAGCUAGCUCUCAUAAAUUAUUUCAUUUCCUUAGAAAAACCUGAGGCUACUGUAAUUUCUGAUAGUCUCUUAGUUGAUUCAGCAGUUGAAAAUGUACAUUUUGUAGAGGCUUAUCGUAAGUGUGAAGCAAGUAACUCAGAAUCAAUUAAUCUAGUAUCAGAUUUAAACAACUUUCUAUCUCAUAUAAAAGUCAUUCAAAGACUAGGUAAAGUUAUUAAACUCGUCCAGGUUAUAGCUUGUUUAUUCAACUAUGUCAUAUCAACGCUUUUAUCGAAUUCAGUUUUGGUUUCCACUUAUAUUUCCUACAGUCAUUUAUCAUCUUUAUAAAAUAAUCGGAUCUCACAGUUCUGAUUUCUAAUAAAUGUUGUGUUCAACUCAGGUUUACUGACAAAUUGCGUAGAUGUAGCAGUAUAGAUAACCUUAACGUGUCUUUAGGAUUUAUGCACCUAGUCACCAAAAGAUCUCAGAUCAAGAUUGUGAUGUCUGGUGAUCAACUGUUAUGGCUGCAUCGCCAAUUGUUAAAUCUAGUCACCAACUGUUUCGUCAAGAUUGCUUAUUACUUAUACUUGAAAAAACGAGAAACCCUUUCAGAUAGCACGACGCGAACUAAAAACAUCAAUACUGGCACAAAUCAAGGUUAAUUAACUCCAAGUCAAGACAACGACAACAGUCGAAACUACACUCAUUUAUAUAUUGAUUGUACACCCAUCUUGAUUAAUAAUUAGUAUGAAAUCACAUAUAUGAAAAAUACCCAGAGUUAUAACGAAUCACAUGCUGCAUGUCAUGCUGUGCAUAGUUUACAUUAAUCUAAUAGAAGAAUAUCAUAUCUUGAAUAAACAUGAUACUCAAAUAAAUUAAUGUUAAACUGAAUAAAAUAUCACACUGUCAAAUAAAGACGAAUAUUACUCUGAAUAAUUAACGCAUUGAAUUAAAAAACACGGAAGUAAUGUUGACCAAAAAUCACAAUGAGCAAAAAGAUGUAAUUUUGCCUUUUUAAUCCCACCAUAUCAAAGAUAACAAUUGCAAAAGGUCACUUUUUUCAUUUUUAAAGAUAACAUCGAGCAUAGUAGUAGAAUUUUGUAUUUUCACAAUUAUCAUUUAGUCUGCUAAAGGUUUUGCAGACAAUUUCAACCUGAAUUAUAAUGUUCAAACUUCCGAAGUUUGUUCUCACCACACAUUUCAAGGUACUUAUUCAGUGUUAAAUAAUCUUUAUUCCCUUUGCAUUCAUGAUCAAUUAAAAUUUUAGAAAAUACCUCGAUUUUUGUUAUUCGAGAUUUAUUUAGAUUUUCCAAAGUGUACGAGAUGCUGGACGAUUUACUGCGUUUUUUUCAAGAAAAGUUUCGUUCGAAGUUAAAAACUUCCGUUGCAGGUGGAAUGACCUGUUAAAAAUAUUCGAAUAUUUGAACUCCGUGCACUACACUUCGUUUACUUAUAACAAAAUGAUAGAAAAAGUGAUUUACUUCAAAUGUGCGCGACAUUCGCUUGUUGCAUUUUAAAUGGUGUAUAAUAAAUCAUACAAUGUUCGUUUGAAAAGUUGAGUAACGUUACUAAUCAACAGUAAUAUCUUGAAGCUUGUAAUCUAAAUCAACACUACGGUGAGCUUGGUGUAAUGGUAUAUGGUUUAUACUCUUAUGACAAAAGGCUAUGUAAUUAUGUUUCAAAGUCGUCUUACAAAUCGCUUCAUUAAAUUUGUUUACUGAUGCAAGGCUGUAGAUAAUAGUCAGUCAGUCAGUCAGCUACAACGUAGGACCAGGCACAUAUGUGCAUCGGUCCAGGUUGCCAUACCUCAUUAGCACAACAAGAUGAACACCGGAUUCAUAGGAGUGGUUAGGUCAAAGGUUGCAAUAAGGAUAUAGUAUAGGAAGGAAGAAUUAGUUCGUAGAAAGAAAGAUAUGAAGUGAUUUUAAUCUCUUAGUUUAAGGGAAGACAGGGAGUGUAUACACCGACGCCAUUGUGAUCGAUUCUGAGCCAUGUCACCAAGAGUCUCCAACCAUUGGUUUCGAUAGUCACGCGGACCCCAACCAAGUAGUCUGCAUCUACCAACAUGGCUCAGACUACAAGUUAGUGACUUCAAGCACUGAUGCCACGUUUUGGUUUGGCCGCCCCUAACUUUCUUCCAACCAACCCCUACACCGGUUAGCAUUGCACGUCGUGGUAAUCGGUGUUCAGGCAUACGUAAUACGUAACCCAACCAUCUCAGUCGAUGAAGGCAGCAUCGCUAUCAUGCUGGUUGUCUGAAGGAAACACCUUACUGCUGUCACACCUCUGUACAGUCAGUAGUACGACUUCGCCUUCGGACCUUGGGUCUGUUGCUUUUAGUCUUACCGCUCUUCAACCGACCUGUCUGACAUGGUAGGACCUUGAGGAACGGUUGUUCCAGCCAGUAUAGCUCGGUUGCUUCAUCACGAUAGGCAAGCCCGACCACCACGUCAAGGUAGCAACAACGGUCGGGUGUAGAUGAUAUAUUCAAGGGAAAUCAACAGGGUGUGGUGGAUUACUCACCUACUCCUGUUACCCCUCGUAGAGGAGCAUAGACCGCCGACCAACAUUCUCCAUCAAACUAAUUGAUUAACCCUUGAUAAUUUUAAGGAUAGUGUCUAGUUUUAGCAGUUAGACUAACUGAAAUCUGGAAACUGGAUUCGGUCCCACAUGAGUGGUCGCGAUCGUUGAUCGUCCCAGUUCAUCAGAAAGAGCAAAAAUCCUCAUGUGAUAAUCACAGAGGAAUCAGUUUAGCUUAUAGUGUCUAAAAUGAUAUCUCGACGUCUAGCUAGAGUUCGUGAGGAGCGAACCCGAGUAAACUGGUCUGGUUUCAGAUCUGGACUUUGAUGUAUAAACCAAGUAUUCACCACCCGUCAGAUUCUGAAACAUAGACAUACUUUUCGACGUCCAACUGUAGGUGUAUCCCUUGACCGUAAGACAGCACUCAACUCCGUUAAUCGCGAGGAGAUUCACUUGUUGACUUACAAUACCCAGCUGACAUUUUUCUGCUUGGUGAAGACACAGACAAAAUACAAUCCUCCAACCACCUUAAGUAACAAUCUAAACAUGUUUGGGAUGCGGUUCUCUCCCUGCAAAUGUAGAAUGUCACUUCAGGAUUGGCUUGCGUCAUGGGCUGAACUAAUGAUGGUGAGUGUAGUAGUUGAACGCAUCGACUACUUAACUUAUCUUGGGUGCUUCGUUUGUCCUGAGGUCUGACGAAAUCUCUGCACUGAUUCGAAAAGCUUUAUCGACUUUCGCUAACUUGCGUCACCUGUGGCGUAAGCGAGAUAUCCAUCUUUUAACCAAAGGGCGAGUUUACUGCUCAACGAUUCGUUCUCUUCCACUUUAUGGGUGCGGAACACGGCUAUUAAGAGUAAAGGAUAUUCGUAGGUUACUAGUAUUUGUGUCUGGGUUAGGAAUAGAGCGCAGGGCAAGGAUGGCAAGUCGAUUCAAGAGGUAUUAAAUCUUCAUCAACUGAGGUGAUUGGGAUAUAAGUUACCCAUGUCCAUCCACCACCUACCUUGACGGGCAAUGUUUUCUGGUGUAGGAGUAGGCUGAAAGAAAGCUAAGGGUAGCCGAACUAAAACAUGACAUCAGUCCAUAAAGUCACUAACAGUUGGACUUGGAUAUAUUAAUAGUUAUAGACUAUCUAGUAUGCGUAAUUAUCGUAAUUAAUGGUUAGAGACUUUGAGUGACGUGGCUCAAAAUCGUUUGCAAUGGCGCAGUUGCAUUCAUUUGGUGUCUUUCCCCCAAAACUGUUUUUUCUCAGUAGUUUAUAUUUUCUUUCUGAAUUGUAUCUUCGAUGCCUAGUCUUUCCUAUUCCCACUGGUAAUGUUACUACCUCUACUAUUCUGGGAUUUGGCCUGACAAUUUUAUCACUAUGUUAAUGGGGUAUGGCAACUUGGACUAAUGUACAUACGUCCAAAUUCUACGUCUAAACUGGCUGUAUCGAGCCUUCAAUAUUAUUGACCUCUGCGAUACCUUUCAUUCGAAUCAGCAGUUGUGCUUUCCUAAGGAAACUGAUGUUUUCUUCUUACUCACAAUUCAUUUUUUUAUUUUCGGAAAUCUAACGCUUUGCUGUUGUCCUCAUUGUUUCCUUCUGUUUACCAAUACUUCCUCAGCUUAUGUCAUCAAAGCAUUGCACAAUCGACGCAAGUUUUUAUGAAACAUACAAGUACAAGUUUUAUUUUUUAUUUCCUGUAUUGUCAUUUUAAUACAGUUCAACCUGUGAAAAUAAAAAUUGAUCAUAGGUAGUCCUUUUAGCUAGUAAUUCAUUUUUCCUUCACAUAUCUUUCCUUUUAAUUCAUUGCUUUUUCAGACUACUUCCAUACGUAAUGUCAGGGAACACAUUUCUUCUUCCUGAAGAUCCUUACGGCCCUAAAGGUCCAUCCUUAUCUGAAUGUUUAACAAUAUCAAAUUCAACCAAGGAUUAAUUGGGCUAAUCUUUUCAUAUCUGCCUUCUUCGAAUGCUACUUUAUUUAACCCAAGUUUCGGGAGAAGCAGGAACGAAUGAUUAUCUUCAUCUUGAAUUAUUGGUUUAUUUCUUUAUGUAUAAAACGCUCCAGAAAUGUUUGAUUUAUGAAUUCAGAGAAAACCUUCAUUUAUUCAAAUUACUUAAAGUAUUUUGUUACUCUCUUGUCUUACAUUCGUUCAAUAAAUAAGACGUUUAAGUCGUGAAAUAACUACAGUAUCUGUAUUUGAGGAUGAUUUAUUCAUUAAAUAAAAGUGAUCAAAAUGUUAUUUCCACCUGUUAAUCAACUCUAUUUUUUAGUUGUAAUACUUCUGUAACCAAAUCGAUCGUUUCAGUUAGGUCAGAAAUUGAAUUUAUUUUGAUAAAUGUAUUCAUUUACAU